UAACAACAGUUUUAUCAUCAUAUAUAUAUAUAUAUCUGCUACAGCCAUAAGAGACAAGAGUUGUUAAUGGAGGCCAAGAAAAACACCAUUAGUGUACUCAUGUUACCAUGGCUAGCCCAUGGUCACAUAAAUCCAUUUCUAGAGCUAGCCAAAAAGCUUGCAAAUACAAACUUCCACAUUUACAUGUGUUCCACUCCUGCAAGUCUAAGCUCAAUCAAGAAAAGAGUUACAGAGGAGUAUUCUCAGUCAAUAGAUUUAGUUGAGUUUCAUCUUCCGUCAUUGCCAAAUCUUCUUCCUCAUUACCACACUACCAAUGGCCUUCCACCCCAUCUCAUGAAAACUCUCCAAAAAACUUUUGAAAUGAGCACUCCAAACUUUUCUAAGAUAUUACAAACUCUACAUCCAGACUUGGUUCUUUAUGACUUCAAUCUGCCAUGGGCUGCGGACUGCGCCUCCUCUGUGAACAUUCCUGCUGUGCAGUUCCUCACUUUUAGCGCAGCCGUGAUUGCUUUGGGCAUCCACAUGUAUGAUAAGCCAGGAGAAAUGUUCCCAUUUCCUGAAAUUUACCUGCGCGAAUACGAAAUACUUUCACUGAAGAAUACUCUGCCUGAUGGGAAGUUCCCAUUCGAUGAGGGUCUUAGGCGAUCACAGGACAUUCUUCUGAUGAAAACUUGCAGAGAUUUUGAAGGGAAAUAUAUGGAUUAUCUUUCAAGUUUAGUCUCCAAGAAAAUAGUCCCAGUUGGUACACUAGUUCAAGAAUCCACCAACAAAGAUGACCAUGAGGAGAUUAUGCAAUGGCUUGACAAGAAACAUAAAGGUUCAACUGUGUUUGUGUCAUUUGGGAGUGAGUAUUUUCUAUCAAAGGAAGAAAUCCAUGAAGUAGCUCAAGGACUAGAGCUUAGCAAAGUGAACUUCAUUUGGGUCAUCAGGUUUCCACAAGGUGAAAGAAUUAACAUUCGAGAUGCAUUACCAGAAGGGUUUCUUGAACGGAUAGGAGAAAGAGGAAUAAUUAUGGAAGGAUGGGCUCCUCAAGCAACUAUUCUUCAACACACAAGCAUUGGAGGGUUCGUAAGCCACUGUGGAUGGAGUUCUUUCAUGGAAAGUAUGAAAUAUGGCAUGCCCAUAAUUGCCAUGCCUAUGCAGGCUGACCAACCAAUGAAUGCUAAGCUUGUGGAAUAUAUUGGGAUGGGAAUAGAGGCAGUGAGAGACGAGAACGGGAAACUACAAAGUGAAGAGAUUGCAAUGGUGAUAAGGAAGGUGGUACUGGAGAAAGGUGGGGAAGCGGUGAGGAAGAAAGCUAAGGAACUGAGUGAGAAUAUGAAUGCAAAAGGGGAUGAAGAGAUAGAUGGUGUGGUGGAAGAGCUGGUGGCAAUUUGUAACAACAAAUGAUCAGCAAUAAAAUUUAUGAGUUAUGACCAUUACUCCAUAAAUGUAAUGUAACUGGUUGUAUUUACAGAUCAUUUAUCCUAUUUUCUGUGUUAUCAUGGUUUUAUCCAAAAUGCCUCAUACUAUUAAGAGUAUACCUAUACUUUACAAGACCUUCCCGAUCUUUUCAACUACCAGUGUAGGACUUCAUUAGCACACCCAACAAUCUCCCAUUGAACCAAGUUCCAUGUGGCCCAUUACAACAAUCCACAGUUCUCCUUGAACUAAGUUCACAUGGGCCAUUACCAUGAUUGAUGGGUCAAUUUUUAAGAUUAACUAUCUGCUACCCACAUGACUAACCAUUUAUGGUCACCAAAGCCCAGAACUAGCUUCUACUUGUGUGUGUGUGUGUCUCAAAGCUACCGUUGGCGUCGUAAAGUUAAUAAAUCGAGCCCCACGGCGUCACUCCAUCUCCAUAAUCAUAUCGUCAAAUCAUUGGUUCUGAUACUAGUUAUUGGACUAAACUAGCUCAAAGAUAUUCUUAACGUGGUGUGGUAUUGUCUGCUUCAGGCCAAGCCCACAGGGUUUUCUCGGAAAGUUUCACACUAGUAAGAGUAUAUCUACACCUUAUAUGUAGCUUCCCAAUCUUUUCAACUACCAAUAUAGGAAUUUGUUCACACAUUCAACAACCAGUUUUAUAUAAACCCUUUUACUUCCAAGAUGGAUAAACAACUUGCUCCAGAUCAGUAAGAAUAAAGAUUGAACAGCUAUUAUUGCAUUUAG